AUUAUCUCAAUGCUGUACUCAGACAAUUAACAUCCCUCUUCAUUGGAAAAGCAUCUAACCUCCAAUUGCCACAUCACCCCUAACCGAACAACCUCACUGUCACAACUCACCAGAUCCACUCCCCUCGGACCGUUCCGUGCUCUACCAGCCCUGACUCAAUUCAAUACAGCAUGUACCGCUUGCUGGUUUCUUCCAGCCCCACAAGAACAAACAAACAACUGUCAUACUCACUAGCGCACACCAAAGUGAAGCUCCACCGUAAUGAGGCUGUGAGUAGCACCCACCACUUGAACAGGGACCUGUUUUUCCAACACCGGUCUGACACCCUCGCACUAAUUUCUGACCCCUCCGCCUUAUUUAACUGACUUCUCUUUUCCGUCUCAAUAACAUUCAACACAAACAUAACAAGCCAAACUCCCCUCAACCAUGUCCUCAACACCCCUCCCAGUGAUCGUCCUCGUCCCCGGCGCCUUCGGCACACCCGACGGCUUCAACAAAAUGCAACCCUAUCUAACGCAAGCCGGCUACACAACCCACCCAGGCUCAUAUCCCAGUUGCAAUCCCUCUGAUCCGAGCAAAGCGUCCUCGCCCCAUGAUAUCGCUCACUUGCGAGACAACAUCUUACUCCCCCUCUUAAACGAACAAGGUAAAGACCUCGUCAUCAUCGCACACUCCUACGGCGGCGUUGUCGCCGGUGGCGCAGCAAGAGGACUGGCGAAGCAAACCAGAGAAUUUCAAGGUCACUCUACCGGCAUCAUCGGGCUUAUCUACGUGGUGGGAAAUAUCACCCUCGAGGGGGAAUCCCUCCUCACUGCUGUGGGGGGCGCUUAUCCGCCUUUUAUUAAAGUUGAUAAGCCAUCUCAAGGUCUUUGUGUCAUUGAACCAGUGAUGGAGAUUCUGUAUAAUGACUGCGACCGUGCCCUUGAAUCGGAAUUGGAUAAGUGUAUGCGCCCACAUGCACUCCGGGCUUUUGAAACGCCGGCUACUGCCCCGGCUUGGGCGGAGAGGGCGUUUGAUGGGAGCAGAGCGUAUGUGCGUACGCUUGACGAUUGUUGUAAUCCGUCUUCGUUGCAGGAUGUCUGGUUGGAGAAGUCGAAGGUGGAUUGGGAGGUGGUGGAUUUUAAGUCUGGACAUAUGCCGUUUGUGAGUCGGGCGGAGGGGUUGGCGGAGCUGGUGGUUAGGUUUAUUGAUGGGUUUAUGGCGAAGUAGAUGGUCGGGUACCUACGGUUUAUAGUUGGAUUUUGUGGAGCAAAGUCGAUCACUUGGGGAAUCCAUCUUUGCAGUUUUCAUCCUAGCCGGAAAAUACCUCGUUGAUCAAAUUGGAUACUUUCAACAGAAUGUUCAUCAACACCUCACUACUACUCAACCUU